AUACCUGCGAAAACAUUGUCACACUUUGAAAGUUCAUUUAUAAAAUGCCUGAUUUAGAAUCAUUCAGCUUGAGACUGAGCACCUGCAAGAAAUUAAUGUAUAUUGCCUGGUUAAUCAAUUUUAUACUAGCCUUUGCGGAUAUAUAUGUUUAUUAUACAAGGCUGAAGAAGCACAUGGCUUGCUGGGGAUGUUUGUUCAAGCACUAUAUGACCUUAGCGAUUACCUUUUCGUUCCUGAUGAUCCCACUACUGAUCCUGGCCAUACCCUUGGUAUAUUAUCAUGUAUCCAGUCACCUUCGAAUUUACACGACUGUGCUCUUCCUAGUCACUUGGUUGCAGAUGAUGUUGACCAUUUUGUUUACCCAGGAGUACCAAGUCGUAAACGAUGUCUUUCGAUUGUGGUUAAAUGGUCAGAAUUUGGAGUUCUUCGAAAUCAAUUCAGAGUGCUGCGGAGUGUUGGGAUAUGGAGACUACACUCUGGUCGAGAGAAGGAUCCCCGACUCCUGCUUCAAGGAUUCCAUAAGAAAGCAGGAGAACCUCUACAAGACUGGCUGUGCCUUUCGCUCCCUAAAGCCCCCAGCAGCGCAUGUAAUCCAAGUGGUAUCGGUCAUAGUCCAGUUUUUGUUGGUAUUGAUUAUUGUGCUAUUCCUGGUUAACCUACACCGGGCCCGGAACAAUGCCAGCAAUUCAGCCGAAUCCGUUGCCACUGCAAGUGAAACCUAAAGAUUCAUACGAAAUUGGGAGGUAAUCCUAAAGAGAUGAACUUAAGGGUUACUUGCCAACUUCGAAUGGGACUUAAGCAGCAGAUUUUCAAGCGAAAUUCAAUUUCUGAAUUUCGAUCUGCAAUUCACAUUGCCCUGGGAAUGGGUAUUUGCUAACGGCGGGCGAGACAAAUUGGAUGCUGUUGGUGGCUCUCAUCGUCAUAUUUCACGGACUGCAAUCAAUAACGAUAAACACUUGAGUCGGAAAUCCAAUGUCCAGAUUCUCCUGUCCAAGCGGCAUGCAUAUGGAUGAGCCAAUAAAGAAAUCAACAAAGCAUGCCAGGCGAUUGAAAAAGUAUUGCAAAUGCCAAGGGGACAGCCCGGGUAUACGGACACGGAAUUGGACUCCAAUCCGGACAAUAUGCAAAUGCAGCUAAGCAGAAAAUAUUCAAGGACGAUCCGAAAAACAUCCCCCAUCCAGCCGGACGAGUUUAUAUUCAUUUUGAUGUCCCUCUCGCCUUGCGCAUAAAUUUUAUUGUUGUCAACAUUAAAUUCUAGUCGUGGAAAACAA